UGGAUAGGCAGAAGGGGAGAAGUGAAGGACAGGCAUUCUAGGCAGAGGGGACAUCAUGACAAAAUGCGUCCAGCAAGACUAUGAACCUCUGUUCCAAAUGCUUUGCUGAUUUUCAAAAGAAACAACCAGACGAUGAUUCUGCUCCAAGUACCAGUAACAGCCAAUCAGAUUUGUUUUCUGAAGAGACCACCAGUGACAACAACAAUACCUCGAUAACCACGCCAACUCUUAGUCCCAGCCAGCAGCCGCUUCCGACAGAACUGAAUGUAACUUCACCAAGUAAAGAGGAGUGUGGGCCAUGCACAGACACAGCUCAUGUCUCGUUAAUCACACCAACCAAAAGAUCCUGUGGUACAGAUUCACAGUCUGAGAAUGAGGCUUCGCCAGUGAAACGGGCACGACUACUGGAGAACACCGAACGACCUGAGGAAACCAGCCGGUCUAAACAGAAGAGUCGACGUCGGUGCUUCCAGUGUCAGACCAAACUGGAGCUGGUGCAGCAGGAAUUGGGAUCAUGCCGCUGUGGUUAUGUGUUCUGUAUGUUACAUCGCCUCCCCGAGCAGCAUGACUGUACAUUUGACCACAUGGGCCGCGGCCGAGAGGAAGCCAUCAUGAAAAUGGUGAAACUGGACCGGAAAGUGGGGCGCUCCUGCCAGCGCAUUGGGGAGGGGUGCUCCUGAAGGCCAGGCAUGGCCGCCACAUGACGCUGUUCUUAGUUCACUAAUGUUAGCCUUAUUUAGGACAAAGUCAGCCAGACACCUUGUACUGGGCACGCGUCAGACUACAGCCAGUCCGUUUCCUUUCUUUAGCCAGCCAUCCUGGUACUGUAGUUUAGGGGUUGAUGGUGGUUGAAAUUGAUUUCUGGCUGGUUACUAAGGUGCCUGCUAGCCAUUGUAUAAAAUUAAAACGUGAAGAAUAUUUUUUUUUGAGCAUGGCUAGUGGAUUUAAAACAACACAUACCUGUCACUGCUGGAGUCAAACUUAUAAAAAGCCUUAAGCGGAAAGUGUUCCAGACGGAGACUCUGAGUUAAUAGAGGAGUAGAAGCUGGUGUUACAGUUCCCAUGACGCACAUGGCUUUGCCAGAAACUCUGGUUAAUGUUCGGCCUUUCACCUCUUCACUUAUCCUUAGUCCCAGUAGCCAGGAUACCUGAUGGCCACGCGUGCCUUGGCCACAGGAGGCUGUUGAGAUUGGCCACGUGGCUGGGCUGGGUGGUGGCUUUGCUCUCCCACAGAGCUGGAAAUGGGGGUGGGGGGGCAGGUUCUUAGGAAAAUUUUUUUACCUGACUUGCUAUGAAAAAACUCUCUCAUCACAGGAGAAGAGAAACAAUAACCUCACUUUGAAAAUUAGUUCCAUUCAAGACUAGUCCAUGUACAAGACCCAUCUUUUCUACACAGGACCCACGGUCGUGAGAAGCAGCCAGGGCGCACCCUGACCCCACUGGCUCUGGUUUGCCAUUUGCCAAGUGCAGGGAUCUGGCAAUUGAUCAAAUAAGGCUAAUUACAGCACAGCAGCUGCGGCUGGGAUCUACAAACUGGCCUCUGCAGCUAAAUUUCUAUAUUGGGAUUUUUUAAAAAGACAUUUCAUGGCCAACGGGAAUCAGUAGGAGUGCUGGGGAGCGUCUGGGAAGCUGCUGUCCACAGACUCUGCCCCUUCCAGUGGCACCCACUCAGCCCUCUGUGGGCCGAGAGGAUGGUGCCAUGGCCUCGCCCCUUGUGUCUGUGCAGCUCUGUAGUCCAGGGACAACCUCUACCACAUAGGUUUAGGACGGACAGGCAGCAUACGCCAGAGGAGCUGUGGGUUGAUCUGUCUAGAACAGUGGUUCGUGGCCCGGCCCGGCUCUGAGAGACCUUUGCUCUGGCAGUGGGGUGGGAGGGCACAUUUAUCAGCCUGUCCCUCUUCAUGCGUGCAGAAAGGAGUCAGUAGCCACGAUAGCUCAGGCCAGGUGGGGAGGGUGGCUCUGGGCCUGUUUGCCCGUGUUAGGGAAUCAUCACCGGUCGGGUGGGGGCGGGGAGGGUGGACAGGAUUAAGAUUCCUGCCUUAAGCCUGAACAGGGUUGAGUGGCCCAGAGACCCCAUCUGGUCCAGGCUGGUGAGAGUCGGAGGCUCCUGCAGAGGCGGCUUGGAUCUGCCCACACACAGGCUACUGGAAUAGUUAACCCAGCAAACUUUCCCUUUUAUACCACAACAAGCAGCUCGACUCUGUCUGCAGUUCACAGCUACACACCUGCAACUACAAGUGGUUUUGAUCCGGAAUACUGAAAUAGGAAAUCAUGCUCUUCCCAGCCUCUUCCUUCCAUCCCACCCCCACCAGAGUGGAAUCCGCUGCAAAAUCUCCAGCCUUAUUCUUGCUUCAGGACCCAGACUGGUGUCUUGCUCUAAGGCAGCCCAGGGCAGAGGGGCCAGGUCUGCCCGCGUUUACCACUGUUGUCAAGCCACGGCCCUCUGGCCAGUACAUGGCCAUCCUCAGUGAGGCGGCCACCUAGGCCCCCCCGCCAAGCUCUGAUCCCGAAGAGGCCACCCACGCGCCCUUCCGGCCCUCCUCAGGCCCCACCGCUGCUGCUUCGAGGCAGGGAUGGGAGGCAGGCUCUCUGGGGAGCCUGGUGGCACACAGGGCUCGCAGCCCAUGUUCACUUCCUGAUGGUAGAGCUGGGGGUGGGGGGAGGGCUUGUUCCCCUGCAGUAUCUGUUCUGUGAAGUUUGUUAAAUGUAAGGAAAGCUUAAAUUCUUGUAUCUUUAAAAGAGAAGAUCUUAUUUAACCCUUUUGUGUUUUAGAUUUACUUACACACAUAGCCUAGAGCUCAGUUUUAGUUUUAACAUUGUGAAAAUAUUAAAAGAAUCUUGUAACUUUAUUCUUUUUUCUCCUGCUGAAAAAAAAUUAAACCAAUCGU